AUGAUACAGCUCGACUCCAUUCCCAACCAAGAGCUUGUCGAAGAAAUCCAAGCUAUUAAUGCCAUCUACGAACCGGAUACCAUCACGGUAACACAUUCGGGGUCGGGGUCGGGAUUGGGAUUGGGAUUGGGAUUGGGAUCCGCGCAAUCCAAUGCCGCAUCAGCUGGAGCCGGUACACUCGAUCUGGGGAAUUCCAGACACGAGGAUGACAGUGCGCGAACCGAAGUGACGCUGCAUAUUCCAGGACAAGCCAAUUUGUCCUUCCGGCUGGGGCUUGCAUCUACGUACCCUGAGACUCGACCCGAGGUGCUCGGUACAGCGUCGACGGCUGCGAGAGGGGAGGGUAAAGUUGCGGUGGACGUGCUGGAAGAUAUCAUUCAAAGGACGUGGCAACCGGGCGCGGUGUGUCUGUUUGAUGUGAUUAGUGAAGCCGUGGAGGUGUUUCCUGAGUUGAAUAUUGGUGGGGCUCAGGAAACCCCAGCAGCAGCAGCAGCAGCAGCAGCAGCAGCAGCAACAGAGGACGACGCCGAGCCCAACGAGACUCAAUCGAGUCAUCUCGCGGCUGCUGGAAGUUCAGAACCUGGAAACGCCAAUACCAAAGCACCGGUCGAUUGCCUCACGAGCUUCUCUCUACGAGACGCAUAUGGACUCGAUCACCCACCAGACUGGACCAUCUCCGACGUUCUCACCGAGAAGAAAUCCGUCUUCGUGGCCCGCGCCAUCCGAGUGAAGAGCCUUGCGCAGGCGCAGGCUUUUCUGGACCAUCUCCUGUCUACGGAUGACAAAGUUGCGGCCGCGACGCACAACAUCAGCGCAUGGCGCAUCAAGCAGAGCAAGGAAAGUGAUGCGCGCACAUCGACGAAACCCGGGAGUCACGCCCCGGAGACGGCCGAGACGGUGAUCCAGGAUUACGAUGAUGAUGGGGAAACGGCUGCUGGGGGUCGCUUGCUACACAUGAUGCAGUUGAUGGAUGUGUGGAAUGUGCUCGUUGUUGUGACGCGAUGGUUUGGUCGGAUUCAUCUGGGGCCGGCGAGGUUCAAGUUGAUUAAUGAUGCCGGGAGGGAUGCUUUGGUCAAGGGGGGAUUUACGAGGGGGGAGAACACGAGUGCCUCUGAUAAGAGUAAGAAGAAGGGGAAGAAGUGA